AUGAUCAUCGUGCGUGCCAUCAGAGAUGCCCCCUUUACCGAAAGGCUCAAGAAGGACCUGACUGACGAACUCAUGUUGCGAGUCCCACGGUCUGACGCGCUUCUAGCUGUUUUGCUCGCAAGCCUCCCCAAUUUAGAACGUCUCGAGAUUGCUAUUGAGAACCCUGGUCUCUAUUUGUUCCUCCCGAGAGAGGCAAACCUAUUUGAACGUGCGUUGGGCACGCCCGCUGGUGUAACCGCAGUUUACACCGAUGGACAACCUGACGGGCAGCGCACUCUCCUGCCUAAGCUCUGGCAACUCAAAGCCGAAGUUGCCGGAGAUUCCCCGGCGGGCAAUAUAAUUGCACUCAAGCAAAUAGUCCAGUUGCGCAAAGUGACACAUUUUUACGGUGUCAGAUGGAGUCGUCCGCUACGGUCUCCCGCGAAUUUGCAUGGGGAUUUGAGUAACCUUGUUUACAUCGAGCUCCGGGAAUGCGUUUUUCCCAAUCAUGUCACUGAGAGACUCUUUAGCGGAGCUUUCAACCUGAGUACCCUCAUCUACCAACGUGGAUGGAACUGGAAUCAUGACAUGACGCAUUUCGUAGGCACUCGGAGCCUCAGGUUGGCGCUUCGCCCUCUGGGUGGGACCUUGACUUGCCUAGAACUAUCCUUCAACCGAUCCGGGAGGAACAGCCAGGAGACAUUGUUCGUCCGACCAAUCAAUCUAUGGUUCCUUUAUUGCCUGAAGAGACUCAGGAUCUCGGCUGGCCAUCUUGUCACCAGUGCAAGGAAGGAACAUAUGAUCAAUCGGCAUCAUGAAUCGUUUUGGGACUGGGAAGGCACACUGAACGCAGGACGGCCUGUGCGCCAGCUACUUCCCCCACGCCUUGAGAAGCUAGAGAUUAUUCAAGUCGAAGAUCGCGACGAGUUCAACACUUUGUGUGACAAACUGCUAUCUUGUCUCGCAUACAGAGCUUCCCCAGAGUUUAAUCAAACUCGCGAAUUAGAAUCGCUGAAAGAGAUAGUCCUUGAACACCAAUUUGAGGACCAGUCUCCACGUCUGGUGAAACUGCAUGAAGCAGCAGAUAGGGUGGGGGUGAAGUUGAUUACGCUUCACAAUUGCGUCGAGUCUACAACCACUGGCAUUACGAGGCCAGUACGUGCCGACAAGGAGAUUGAUUGGGGAUUUGACCGUGAGGUCAAAUGGAAACACCCAUUCAUCUGGAAAGAUGAAGUGGUUGUGAAAACUCCGUAA